AUGUCCCCACUAUUCGGUUGGAUCCACUCUGUCGUAUAUUCUGUGCGGAAUAUCAUCAAUGAUGAUCACAUUGCCCUCAAACUCAAAACCAUUGUCAACCACUCAUCUUCUGUCGAGCAUGAAUACUAUAUUUUGAAACAACUUGAAGGCGGAGUUGGCAUCCCACACACCUUCUGGUUUGAUAGAGAGUCAGUGCAUCAUGUUCUGGUCCUUGAACUCCUUGGGCUGUCACUCCACCAACUCUUCCUCACGAACAAUCGAAGAUUCAGCCUUCUCAAUGUUGUCAAUCUUGGAGUCCAGUUGCUCUUGCAUCUUGAGUACAUCCACUCACACAAUUAUGUUCACAGAGACAUUAAGCUGCAGAACAUCUUGGUGGGUCUCGGAAAUUUGAGGCACACCACCUAUAUCAUCGAUUUUGGAAUCACGAAGACAUACUGGAACACUAAAACCAGUGACCAUGUACCAUUUCACCAUGGAGUUGAGCCAGGUCGCUGUGACAAUCUUGAGUCGCUCACUUACAUGCUAAUCUAUUUUUUGCGUGGCUCGCUUCCAUGGCUAGCCAGUGAUGAUGAGAAAUUAUCCAGCUCUACCAUACUCGAGCGCAAAGCACACGCUACCAUUGCAGAAAUAUGCCAUGACAUCCCCGUCAAAUUUGCAAACAUUCUUAUUUACACCCGCUCUCUUGCAUUCGCUGAAGAUCCUGAUUACGAUCAUCUUCGUUCACUACUACACGGUCUUCGAUUGAACUCUUUGUCCUUACAGAUGUUAGAAAUAGUGUACUGCAAUGGCAGCAAUGCAUCAUGUGUAAUUGUGCACUGCUUUCAGCAUGGGACUAUUUUCCCUUCAACAUGCUGCACAGACUCACACUAG